UAUGAUCAAAGUAUUCAGAAUGCUAAAUAUGAGACCCCUCUAUACAUUUGCAGCUGAUAAGACUCCAGCUACAACAUAGAGCAAACCACAACAAGCCAAACCAAUCUAAGUUUAUAAGGAUGGACAAUUAAUCACUAAGAAUUUUUUACAAUUGAAGAAGUCAUAAGAUAUUGAGGGAUAUGUUCUUACCUUAGUCAAAAAUUAUUAUAGAACAACCAAUAAAGUAAUACUUGUUAUAUAUCUUGGCAGUCAGCUAUCACUUUGGAUUCUGAAUUGGAACAACAUGGUUUAGAUAGUUUAGAUUCUAUUGAAUUAUCUAUGCAAGUAAUGUAAUUUAUUAAUAAUAGAUUGAAGAGGAUUUAGGUUAUGUGAUUUCAGCUGAAACAUUGCCAGUCUUGAAUAAAAUCAGACAUUAUGUCAAUUACAUUAAGUAGGUUGAAUAAUAUAAGGUAGAAAACAAUGCUGCUCCAUUAGCAUGAU